AUGCCGGGACACGUUGAUGGGUUAGUUAUCGCCGGUACAUUAGUCAACCGUAAAGUCAAGAAAAUAUUCGUGGAUAACGGCAGCUGUGCCGACAUAAUUCUGUGGCAGGCAUUCCAAAAAAUGAACCUAGAUGUGGAAGAUUUGAAACCCUGCAACACGGCUUUGAUUGCAUUCAAUGGCUGUGAUACUAUCCCCAAGGGGUACAUUGACCUGAGGCUUACCUUGGGAACAAAGGAGGCUUACAAGUCGGAAAUGGUAAGAUUCAUAGUAGCUGACUUCCCGUCGGAGUAUAACGUAAUUCUAGGAAGGCCAACUAUCCACGAUUGGGAUAUGCUGGUCUCCACCAAGCAUCAGAAGCUCAAGAUGAUCGGUAAGCAGAACACGGUCAUCAUCAUUGCUGUGGAUCAAAAAGAAUCUCGGGACUGCUUUUUUAAGUUAGUUAGAGCAGUAGAAAAUAACCUUAAGACUCCUGCCGGGGUGAACCCCAAUAAUAAGCAGGAUAGUUCGGGGAAGAAGGGAACAACAUCGAUUAACUUGGUGGAGUUGGACAUGAGGGAUGAAACUCAGAUCCCGAGGUCGGAACCUGAUGGAGAGUUGGAGGAGGUAGUCAUUGGAGAAGAAACUCAAGCAGCCAAAACAUAA